AUGAUACAUCACUAUGAUGCCGAAACUAUGCAAUACUGUUUGUCCCCUGCUGAAGCAAAUAAACAAUCUGCACACUCAGCUCGCUCUGUGGAUGGUGGCGUACCUUCGGCGGAUAGCAAUAUUAUAAAUCUCGCAAUCACACCGUUUGCACGUGGCCAAGGAUUUUCCGCAGCUAAAGGAAGAAAUCUUGGCUUUGUGAACGAUGCUUCUCUUAACGCAAUUCCCGCGGGCAUUAACAAUGAGCUUACAAAUGUAGAUGCGCGAGGAUCAACGCUACAACCGAACACAGUGCUACGGGAUAGCUACGGAAAUCCUGUGACACCGUUUACUGACCUAGCAAAACCGGAACUGGAUUCAGUUGGUUUUCAAACAAAUGUGAAUCGAGACUCAAAUCUUCAGCCAUCAUCAAGUCAAGUCGCCAAAGUUGGGCAAUAUAACUUCAAAGUUCCUAGUUACGCGUCUGGCAUAAUAGAGCCUGUUGCGCAACCCAACUAUGGGUUACUACCACCAAACCCGUUUCUAGUACGGGCUCUUAACACGCAGCAACAAUUUUUACCAAAUGCAAAGAUCCCAAAUAUUGAGGAAGGAAAGAUUCUCUUCGCCCAGAAACCAGUCAACGGAUUAUUGCCCCCUUUGUUUCCGGAUCAAUUACCGCCGGUGUAUGAUGUCAAGGUAGGCACGGAACGGUCGCCAAUUUUUGCACGCGAUCCAUUCGAUGGUUCAUUGACACCGUCAUCUCUGCAACCUACGCGAAAACCAAACACACCGAUAGCAUCCGAUAAUGCAGUAGGAUUCAAAACCGACGUCAAUCAGCAGACAAACUUUCCACAACAAGGCUUGCCGACAGGAAUUCGAUUAUCGGGAUCUACCACUACUGUUUCUUCCAUCUUUCCUACUGUCUCUACUGGGAAACCUGUGGUACAAAAGUACAACGGAGGAUUCGGAGGACCAGCCGGAUUUCUUGGUAACCAGCAGAAUAUUGGUACUGCUUAUACAUCAACUGUGAGACCGAUUCUGUCUCAACCUGUCCCCUCCGCUCCACAACCACAGCCACCACGUCCACAGCCCGUAUUUACGACCCAAAACAGCUUUCCAACAACAGCUAGGCCGGAUAUGAAAUCUACAAUUCAAAAAUAUAUGGGCAGCUUUGGGGGAGCUCCUGGAUUCUUGGGAAAUCAAGCGAACAUAGGCACAGCUUACACAAAAGAUCCACAAACAUUCCCCGUUUCCAGUACCGUUGCUCCCGUCCAGCAGUUUCCGCCUGUGCAGCACGUUGGAUCCACUCAUCCUGCUUCUACCCCUGUCAACAGCGUUCCGGGACGACCUCAAGCUCCGAUUGUGCCACCAACGCCUAACCCAUUCAAUGUGCCAGUCAAUGCAAAUCCCGCCAGCCCAGGCUCAGGCGUUAGACCGAUGGUGCCCUCGACAUUUAUGGCUAAUCAGCAACCGGUGAAACCAGUACCCGUAACGAACAGCUUUAACGGUGGAAAUAAGUUUACGGGAAGCUUCGGUGGUGCACCAGGUAUUUUGGGUAAUCAGCAACGUCCUGGAACUAAUGUUAAUCCGGACGGUACCGUAUUUUCACCCGUCCAAUCACAAACAGGCCAAAAACAUCAGCAUCAACAGCAACCUUUAAAUCAGCAGUUCCAACAGUCAAAACCAAUCCCAGACACAUUUACCGGUAGCUUUGGUGGACCACCCGGCGUACUGCGUCCGUUUGAUAAUACUAAGGGGUAAUAUGGUUAUCUAUUAUAAAGAGGAUCGAAAAUGUAGUUUUCCAAAAUGGUAAGCUGGUAAAAUUUGAUUAUUGCUUAUUGCUGAAAGUAUUACAUGAGCAGAUCUUCAAUGAUCUUUUUCUACAAGAAAAGUCAUAUCAUUUUACUAUAGUACGUACUAUAUUCACUAAGAGUAAAGAAUGAUUAUAUCAUUAUUAAACCCUGCAUUUAAAAGGUGCAAAUUUUCAUCAUAUUACUCCACAAAAUUAUUAUUAAAUAAAUAAAAGUAAUAGUCAAAAAAUUAAACAUCAUAGUAAUUGAAUUGCACAGGUUACCUAGUUUUAUAAGCCAUCGGUAAUAUGACUAGAUGAAAACUUAUAAAAGUAUUAGCAAAUCGUAUUAGCAGAGACUGUGGUCGUUUAUCUGGUAGGUAUGGAUUUUUGUGUGUAUUUAUAAGCUGCGAGGCUUCAUAAUGUAAGGAUCCAUUAAAUUUUCAGUAACCUUCUGAGACUUUUGUGGAAUAUAACAUUAACAUUUACGUAUCAAAAUAAAUUACCCGACUCGUCGGAUCGAUUC